UAAACAUCACUCCUCCUCUCCCUGCCUCUCUCACUCACACACAAUAUAUACACAUAUAAAUAUAUUUAUAUGUGCCCGUGUGAUAUUAACAGCUGUAUAAAUCUUCUCUCUUUGAAAACACACAGAUCUCUCUCUAUCUCUCUUGUGUUACCAUGUCGGAGAAACGUAUAGGCAUGAUAGAGAAAAGUAACAACAAGAGACAAAGAGUGACACAAGAUCGUCCCGAGUUCAGUAUCAACGACCAUCACGACGUUCUUGUGGAAAUCCUUCGGCGACUAGACGGUCCAUCUCUCUGUUCAGCCGCAUGUGUGUGCCGUCUUUGGUCGGCCGUGGCUCGUAACGACUCUAUAUGGGAAGAGCUCUGUUUCCAACAAGUGUCACCACGACCUUCUUUGUCUCUUCGAUCCGUAGUGUCGGCCCUCGGCGGCUAUAGGUGUCUCUACUUCCUCUGUAUCCGUCCUGUCCUCGCACGGCUCCCUAAGCUCCUAUGGACACGAGACCAGCUUCAGCUCUCACUAUCUCUUUACUGUGUCCAUUACUACGAACGUCUCUACGUCGGCGCGUGGAUUGGAGACGCGCCACCUUCAUCACUCAUGUUCCUUCGGAAGCCUGUUAACGUCGUCUGAACCGGAACCGGAACCGGAACCAGAAUGGUCCUUUAUUUAUUUUUUCCUGACGAUUAAUAAAUUAUUAUUAGUUCCCAAGAUUUGAAUUCUUUUAUCAAAUUAUUUUUUUAUUCCGACUUUUACGGUUACGAAAUUUCGAUUUCUUCAUUUUUCAUUACAAGAUUUUUAUUAAUAAACGUGAUCUUUUUUUUUCCUCCCAUGCUAGUAAGAAACUGCCAACGUGUAGCUGUUUUGUCUCAUCUACUUUUUUUUCUUUAUAUCUAGUCUUAGCAUCAUUAUUUUCGUUGAUUAUGCCAUAGGGUGAAUUAGCUGUAUGACCAAAACAAUAAAACUAUAGAAGUAUAUAACAUACUAUUUGAAAAAAUUAGGAA